ACCCGUUGAAAGGAAGCGUCAGUUAUAGAAAUGGGAAUCGGUGUUUUCAAGCUUCCAAUAUAAGAUUUGCCUUUACAUCAAAGGGGAGGGGAGGGGAAAAAAAUGGUGCGCGUCCUCAAGAAGGGAUCGAAAUAGAAUUAUUUAAUCACCAGGCCUGCUGAUUAGGUGGUCCUGUGUAUCGGCUCUUGGCUUCUUGGAUCAGAAAGCUUGAAAUCCCAACAACCGAAGCCACAGAAAAAAAAUAUUCAUCCCUCCACGUUCAAACUUCCCAAAAAUAUGAGGAGUCGUCCCUAUUCAACAGAACGUGUUGCGCAUACGUCUGCGUACUUGCUCGCUAUAUCAUCGAAAGGACAAGCCAAGAGAGAAGCUCUGGCAAAGAAGUAGACGCCUGAUCAAUGGUAGAAAAUGGGAAUGCCCGGAAAGAAAUGGUUCCGUGUUGCCCGAAGAAAACUCUUCCGAUCAGCUCCCCGCGAAACACUAAUCGUUCUUCACAACAACAAUACAAGCCGCAGUUGCUUUAGUGAAGCAACAACAACAACAACGAGACUCAGCGAGGAUAUCAGAAUUUCUCUGUCUAAAGAAGAACUCGCAGCAAUUCAGAUCCAAGCCUGCUUCAGGGGGCACCUUGCAAGACGGGCAUUUCGAGCACUUAGAAGCCUUGUGAAGCUGCAAGCGGCUGUUCGUGGGGUGUGUGUGAGAAGACAGGCUCGAAUUGCUUUGCACUGCAUGCAUGCGCUUGCAAGGUUGCAGGUCACUAUUCGAGCUCGACAGCUCCUUUUGCAAUGAUCGGUAGAUGCGGAUGAUCGACUUCGGAAGCCACAAAACAUCAACAAUCCCAUCAAUCAUAAGGGGUUCCUAUGUUUAUGAUUCAACAUCAGUCUUCGGUUUCAAGGGUUCUUUUGUUUAUGAUUCUGCUUCACUCUUCACGGUCAUUUUCUAUUUGGUUUCGCGAGUGACUUUACCAUUCGCAUUGAAUAAUGCACUAAUUUUCAGAACUCGACA